AUGGAUGCUCAGUUGACAGACAUUAGUCAGAGGCGCAUGAUGCCCACAUCAGCUCGUGUCUGGGUAGCUCUCUUUCUGAUAGAGGAAGGCUUUGCACUGGCACAGAAAACCAAAGACUCUCAGAAUGUGGGUAAGAUUUCCCAGAAUGCCCGACAGUGUGGCACCUGGAUCAGAAACAUCAACGGGGGGCAGUUCAGCUCUCCAAACUACCCUAAAAUCUACCCUCCCAACAAGGAGUGCCUCUACAUACUGGAAGCCCUGCCCCGUCAGAGGAUCGAGCUUCUGUUUGAUGACAUCUUUUACAUUGAGCCAUCCUUUGAGUGUCGUUUCGACCACAUCGAGGUGAGAGAUGGUCCGUUCAGUUUCUCUCCUCUGAUCAACCGCUUCUGUGGCUCCUCCAGCCCAGGCCUGGUGCUCUCCAGCGGACGAUUCAUCUGGAUCCGCUUCUCCAGUGAUGAGGAGCUGGAGGGACUGGGCUUCAGGGUCCAGUACACCUUUACCGCAGACCCAGAGUUUCACCUCCAUGUGGGAGGAAUAUUAAAUCCUAUUCCAGACUGUCAGUUUGAGCUAAGUGGAGCUGAUGGUAUGAUCCGGUCCGGUCAGGUGGAGGAGGAGGACAAAGUCAAACCUGACCAGGCGGUCGACUGUAUCUGGACCAUACGAGCUCCGCCCAACUUCAAGAUCUACCUGCGGUUUCUGGAGUAUCAGCUGGAGAAUUCCAACGAGUGUAAGAAGAACUUUGUGGCCGUGUACGACGGCAGCAGUGCCAUAGAGGACCUCAAGGCCAAGUUCUGCAGUACCGUUGCCACUGACGUAAUGCUUGACAACGGGGUGGGCGUGGUCAGGAUGUGGGCCGACGAAGGCAGCAGACUCAGCCGCUUUCGCAUGCUCUUCACGUCUUUCGCAGACCCCCCAUGUUCAGGCGACAUGUUCUUCUGUCACAGUAGCAUGUGCAUCAACAACUCUCUGGUGUGUAACGGGGUGCAGAACUGUGUCUUUCCCUGGGACGAGAGCAACUGUAAAGAGAAGAAGCCUAAAGGUAUAUUCCAUCACAUUACUAAGACCCAUGGGACAAUUAUAGGUGUGUCUACAGGACUCGUCCUCCUCCUCCUCAUCAUCUCCAUACUGGUGCAGGUCAAACAGCCACGCAAGAAGGUGGUGGCGCGGAAGAGUGCCCUUUUCAAUGGAGCUGACUUCAAGGAAGUGUUUGAACCUCCGCACUAUGAACUCUUCUCACUCAGAGAGAAGGAGUUGUCUACGGACAUCGACCUACCAGAAGAACUCCAGUCUCUCAACGCUCUGAGACGUUCCUCCACCACUUCACGCUGCAUCCAUGAGCACCACUGUGGCUCCCAGGCCUCCGCCAACCCCAGCCGACGUGCUUCUUCUGUGGGCAUAGGAUCCAUGGAGCUGCCCCCCUUCCGGGGCGAGUUCACCCAGGGUCAGCCAGGCUCCCUACCCUCUCUGAGAGGCGUCAACAGCAGCCUGAGGAAGAAGAGCUGGCCUAGUAUGAAACAGGUAGGACUGGUGGGAGGCGAGGGCCUGGUGGACCGGGUAAGGGGGAGGGAGGAUAGGGUGAUGGAAGAGGAGGAAGAAGAGGAGGUGGAAGGAGGGAGGUGUGAUGUGUAUGUACGCAGAGGGAUGAGCAUGAGAUCCAUCUGUGAGAUGUCUCAGCAGAGAUCGAUGUCCAUGGACUUCUGA